UACUAGCAUCGACGGCUGCAGAUUCUCGAACCGAAAUCAAGGGUUGAUAUCGGUUCUUUUCCCCAGGUCUCCACGUAGGAUUUUUGGUUCUGAAUUUCAUUUACAUAAACCCAUUCAAUUCAAUUUCAAUUUCCAGCAAAGGUUAAAAAUAUCUCUACUUAGAGUUUUAGCACUUUACAAAGGUUCCAACGAUGGCUUUCUUUGGUCGAAUUGGGAAUUUACUCAGAAAUGCUGCAAACAAGCAGAUCAGUUCAGAAUUGCUCUCAUCCCCAUCUAUUCUCCAGGCAAUACGGUGCAUGUCAUCUGCUCCAAGCUCAAAACUGUUCAUUGGAGGUGUUUCAUAUUCUACUGAUGAGCAAGGUUUGAGGGAGGCAUUUUCAAGAUAUGGAGAAGUUGUUGAUGAAUUGUGAAGUCUUUCGGGCAACGGUCAUGAAAUCAUAUUCAUAUAUAUUCAUACCUCUCACUCUCACCUUCCACAAACAAGGCAAAAGCAAGAGUUGUUGAUGGUACAAAUCCAGAAGAGAUAGAGAUAACAACACCUGCUUUUAACGAUGCAAAUUUUGAGAGGGUUGAAAGGCUAAUCAAAGGAAUUGAAAGCAAUCAAGAGUACAAGUUACGCACAAGAAGUACCAGGAAGAUUUCCUCUUACUAUGCAAGCAUGUGAAUAGCUUAAUUUUUGCUGCUUCAAGAUAUCAGAAAGUUCUUGAGGAGAAUCUUAAUUUAUCAAGUGCAGGAUUUGAAAGGCAAGCAUGUGAAUAGCUUAAUUUUUGCUGCUUCAAGAUAUCAGAAAGUUUUUGAGGAGAAUCUUAACUUAUCAAGUGCAGGAUUUGAAAGUUUUUUUUUAUCUUAUCUCCAUUUGGCUCACAUUUAUGAACGAGCUAACCAGGUCUUCACUGUAUAUUUUGGUAUUGCAGUGGGAUUCUACCAGGUAUGUAACCUUAAACAAAUUAGGCUUAUUUCUUCCUUUGAGAUGGCUUACUUCUCUAUUUGGUUUGAUUGAGUUACGUAAUUGCUGCUUUAGAUUUGUAUAUAUGCUGCAAUAUUUUCAUAUGAACUUGACACUUUGGUUUUUACCAUCUGCAUGCAAGAUAAUAUGAAGCUAAUGGAUGACAUAGCUGCUCCAAAACCUACCAUAUUUAUUAGUCCAAGUAGGAAGUAGGAAGUAGGAAGUAGGUCUUUUGGAGCGAGCAACAGAGCAUUGUGAAAUAUGGAGUUUUAUGUAUUAAGAGUUAAUGUUAAGACAUUUAUAGUUAAAAAAUCAUGUUAUGUUUGAUACUUUGUAUAAGAGUUAUUACUUUUGAUUUCCAAUACUAAAAAAUCAUAUAUUAUAUUUAAUACGUUGUUUGUGAGUUAUAUAAUAUUUUGUUUAUGGAUUAUGAUUUUUUGGUUAUUGUGAAAUUUUAAUAAAAAAAAUUAUUUGUUUAACAUGAUAAAAACGAGGGUAAAAACUGCCUUUUCAAAUGAUAAAAAAUGUUACUAUUAGGGUUAAAACGGCGGUUCAAAAACGUCAUUUUAACCAAUUAAAAGUCACUCUGUCAAGGUGAAAACGGCGGUUCAAAAACGCCGUUUUAACUGACCAAAAUGUCACUCUGUUAGGAUAAUAAUGACGGUUCAAACCAUCAUUUUAACAAAUGAAAACGCUAUUCUGUUAGAGUAAUAAUGGUGGUUCAAACUGCCGUUUUAACCUAUCCAAAAAUUGUCGUUUUAAUCCUGGAAAUAAUGGCAGUUUAACCAACAAGAAAAUACCUUUAGUCGAAAAUAAUGGUGGUUUUCAAAAAAUCAGCGUAAUAACCAGAAUGGCGCCCAGAAUUACGUCACUUUCUAAAACCGCUGUUCUCGGUAAUAAUGGCGGUUCAAAUCGCCGUAAAUACCCAAAAAAACCGCAGUUUUAACAAGAAUUUUUUGUAGUGUAGAAAUUGAGCUUCACCUCUUCUCAUGAGCAAUUAGAUUAAGAGAUUGGCAAUUGAUUAUGUGAAGAGAAAUUAAAUCACCAAGAGAUUGGGGUUUAAUUACUCACAGUCCGUCAUGGAUCUAUCUUACAUGAUUGAGAAGGAGUGAGACCCAUUGAUUCAAGAGAAAUUAACAUCUCCAAUCCCUUAUGUUUGCCAUCUUUACUUUUUGUCAUUUACUUUCUUGCACUUUACUUUCUUAUACUUUCUAUUCCUUGCAUUUUACUUUCCAGCACUUACUGUCUACUUCAUUGCACUUUACUUCUCUUGCUCUUUUACUUUCCGGCACUUUAUUUUCAGCACUUUAUUUUCCUGCACUUUACUUUUACUUCAUUUACUUUCCCUGCACUUUAUUGUUUUCUUUUAAUUUCAUGUCAUUUCCAUUUCUUGUUGCUCAUCACUCUAAAUUGAAUCAUCUAACUAGAAUAAUCAACUAACUAUUGAUUGCUUAAUCCUUUAAUCCUCGUGGGAUCGACCUCACUCUAAGUGAGUUUUAUUACUUGAUGCGACCCAGUAUACUUACCGGUAGUUAAUACGUGAAAUUAAAUUUUUCCAUAUCAGAUGCUUUUUAAAAGGGCAUUUCAGUGGACAGUUACUUUUGGCGAUGGCACAAGAUGCCAAUAAUAAUUUCUAUACUAUUGCUUAUACUGUUGUUGGAUCAGAAACAAAGGAGUCGUGGAAAUUGUUUUUAACUCUCUUACAAGAAGAUCUUGGGAAUGCAAGUGUGCAUGGAUGGAACUUUAUGUCGGAUCAACAAAAAGAUCUUCUUGAAGCAAUGAAAGAGGUGAUGCUAGAGGCACCAAAUCAAAAUUGUGUAAUGUAUAUGUGGAAAAAUUUCAUCAACCGUUUUAAGGAUCUACAACUUAGAGAUGUGGUUUGGGAGUGUGCAAGAUGUUCAACCCCCCAUGAGUUUGUAGAGACCAUGGAAAAGCUUAAGAAGAUUAAUGAAGAAGCAUGGGAGUAUCUUAUAAGAUUUGAUCCUCGGGUGUGGGUGAAGGCUUACCUUAACCAUGGGCCGAAGGUUGAUUCUUUGACAAAUAAUAUGUGUGAAUCCUGGAAUGCCAAUAUAGGAAAGUACAGAGUGAAGCCCAUUCUUACAAUGUGUGAAGAGUUGUGCUGUUAUGUCAUGAAGAGAAUGACGAAGCAUAUCAUUCUACUAUCAGCAUAUCCUGGAAAGCUUGCUCUGGUACAACAAAAAAGAGUUGGCCGAAUGAUUAAGCCCAGCAACAGAUGGAAUGCAGAAUGGAUAGGUGACAACGAGAGGAAGCGGUUUGAAGUGAGUCGCAAGACAUCAAGAGUUGCUGUUAAGUUGAUGAAGCAUACUUGUUCAUGCAAUAUGUGGCAACUAACAGGAAUGCCUUGUGUUCAUGCGAUUGCUGCUAUUAGGAAGAAGCAUGACAAGCCAGAAGAUUAUGUGCACAAAUGGCUUUGCAUGGAGUCCAUCCAUCUGACUUAUGCACACUCUAUCCAACCAAUUCCCAGUGAAGAAUAUUGGCAUAGAAUAUGUUAUAUCAAGCCAGAACCUCCACCCAUCAAGAGGCCGAUUGGUAGGCCAAAGAUGCAUAAAAGAAAGAAGGAUCCAAUAGAGGAUUUGAUUCAAGGGGACAAGGUAAGAAAAACAUUUCGCAUAACAUGCAGCAAGUGCGGCGAGAAAGGUCACAACUACAAGACGUGCAAGGGAGCACCAUCUAAUCCUAAUUGGAAGCCUAAAACCAGGAAACCAAAGCACCAAAACUCAAGUACUCAAGCACCAGUGGAACUUCCAUUAUCCCAAUCUGCUCCAAAGACUGAGGCUAGCCAUAAUACACAAUAGGCAGUUCUAUGUGAACAAGCACACAACACUCCAAUGGUCCCAAAUCAAGCCUUACCAUGCCCAUCAGCAACUCUAGCAAGACUAGCUGUACCAACAGAAACAACCCCAGCAUAAGCAGCAUCAUUCAGCCAAUCACCAAUCAAGACAACAAACCAGACUUAUUCCAAAGUACCAGCUAAAUUUAGGCCAAAGCAACCAAUCAAAAGGCCACCUGCACCAACUACAACUCAGACUCAAGUUGCUCCACCAACUUCAACAAGUGUGACAACAAGAUCGAGUGGAGAAGUAUCAAAGGAGACCCUGGCAGCAACAAGUUGUGCUACAAUAGGAAUGUUCAAGUUUAUACCAAAUCCAGGCUUCAAGGACCAGAAAAAGUGACAUGCUUGUUCCUGAAUUAUUUUGGAAACAAAUAUUAGUUUUUUAAUGCAAUAUUUAGUUGUAAUACAUAUUGGCAAACUUUCUUUUAGCCAAUUUAGUUGCUUUCGAAUUAGUAUUUUGGAAACCAAGGGUUGAUUACUUGCUACAGUUUCUUUUUCUAGAUGUUAUUAUGUUAUGGUAUGACAAUAUUCCUAUGUUAUGGUUUAGGUUGAA